AUGGCGAAGGCAAUGUCAUCCGACACAGCAAACAAUGCAAUGGAGAUCUCAUCAGAGGAGGAUGAGGUUAUUGAAGAUCUUAUGGAUUUUUUGAUGAUUGCUUUCAUGCAUGACUAUAUCAACGCGUCAACCCUAUUUCGUUCCCAACGCUAUCACUUGCAAGAGUUUCAUGGCCGUCAUUAUUCAAGACCCAAGGAAUUGUUUAACCAUCGGCAUUCGUCAUUACGCAAUGUCAUAGAAAGAACAUUUGGUGUUCUGAAGAAGCGAUUCCCAAUAUUGCGGUCUAUGCCAAAUUACAAGUCUACAAGACAAGGGCCUCUCAUGAUUGCAUGUUGUGUAGUGCACAAUUGGAUCCGUUUAAUGGCGGCAGAAGAGGAAGCAAACGGGGUUGUUAGACACCAAUCUGACUAUGUUGACAUGUCACAACAUAGGUAG